CCUUGGAAUUUUAACUUUACUUUUGUAUUCUAUAAAGGCAAGAGUGCAGAGAGGGAGAGAGCGAAGAGAUUUUUGAGAAGAGAAACAAGAAAAGAAAGAUGGGAGACGUUGUAUUAUUUGUGGAUGAUUUGAAAUCGUCUUCGGCAACGUCUUUAUGUAGAAUAUGCCACGAAGAAGAGUUUGAAAGCUGCAAGAGCUUGGAAGCUCCUUGUGCUUGUUCUGGGACUGUCAAGUUCGCACACAGAGAUUGCAUACAAAGAUGGUGUAAUGAAAAGGGAAACACAACUUGUGAAAUUUGUCUACAGAAUUUUGAACCUGGGUAUACAUAUACAGCUCCUCCAGUAAAGACCCAGUUGAUUGAUACAAUAGUGACCAUAAGAGGAAGCUUGGAAGUUCCAAGAAGAGAGCGAGAGCUAGAAAACAGUGGAUCAGUGGGCAUAGCUGAAGGACAAAGGCUUGAGACUGGAUACCCUGAAUGCUCAUUUGCUGCCAAUAGAGGCGCCUCUCGCUGCAGAUCAAUGGCUCUCAUUUUCACAGUUGUUAUGCUACUGAGACAUCUGCUCGAUGUUCUUACUGGAGGAACCGAGGAUUACCCAUUUACACUUUUAACUCUGCUUAUUAUAAGGGCUAGUGGCAUAUUAGUUCCUAUGUACAUAUUGAUACGUAUAAUCACAGCAAUUCAAAACAGUAUUAUGCGUCGACAUGGGGUUAGUUUCCUAAUUUAUCACUCAAAAGUUAGAUGAAUACUUGUAUGCAACCCUAACCUUUAACUGAAAUCUAAGUGAGGAAAAAUUGUCCUCCUUUUUGGUUCAUCUGGUGCUGAGUUAUACUGCAACUAAAAGUUUUUCUAUUUUUCUGUAUGUUAUUAGGUUUCUAGCAUUGAAAGAUGACACAAGACAAUGGAGAAAAUGAGAGCAGCACCAGCAUAGAGUUGAAAUGCACCCUUGAUUCUUCCUGUGCUUCCAUUUGUACACGAGGCAUUAUAGCAAUGCCCCCCCUGUUUAAAAGAUUCCA